AUGCAAAGACGGAAAGAUAAAGUUAAAGAUAAGCCUCCGGAUCCGCACAGAGAGUACUUGGAUGCUGAGUCCACCGACGAGGAGGAGAGGCAAAAGCACACGGAAGAGGAAGUGGUAGAGGAGCUCAGACCAGUCUACGACGAAGAGGAGCUCACGGAACUAGUCAAUUGCGUGAAAGAUAUGACGACUUUGAGUGGGCUAGUCGAAAGCGACUGGACUUACUACUCCGAGAGGACGAUCCGAGAGUUCUUCAAGAACCCGAACUUGGCGGCGCUGACAGUGUAUUUUGUGCGCGACCGGCUGACCGUGUCGCUGAUGUUUCCCCUGAUCCCUGUGCACGAGCUCACGUACUUCGUCAGAGAGUCUCAGGAGAUCCUGCGGGCCGACAAUUUCCGGGAUCGCGUGUUGUUUGGGUCGGUGAACGGCAAGGUGGAGAGCCAUAUUUUGUCGGUGAUGCAGAACGUGUUAACUCCGAUCUUCGUGAAGAUCGAAACCUGGCCAGACAGUAUCCUCUCACGGCUUAACUCGUGUUUAAUUAGUCUACCGGCGUGGAAAGUUGCCGGGUAUCCAGGAACAGUUGCAUAA